CUCCUCUAAGAGCUUUUGGAUAAUGUUUGGCCCUGGGCAGUUGGUCUCCACUCUUCUACCUGCGGUCUUCCACUCCUCCGCAGCUCACUUCUUCCCUGCGUUCCCCACCAGACUGGGCUCCCCUCCACAGAUCCUGAUCCCUGGGUCCCUGAUCAGCUAUGAGUCCCUGCGGAGUUACUUGCAACCAGAGCCCUGCAAAGAGGCUCUGUUCCUGGCCACACAGGCAGCUGGGAUGGGGCAGUUCACGGCCAGCAUGGAUGAACAGAGGCCAGUGAAGCAGCGUCGUGCUCGGGCCAACUACAGCAGCUGGCAGCUGGAGGAGCUAGAGAAGACCUUUGAGAACACCCACUACCCUGACGUCUUCAUGAGGGAAGCCCUGGCCCUCAGACUGGACCUCAUCGAGGCCAGAGUGCAGGUGUGGUUUCAGAACCGCCGGGCUAAGAUGCGGAGGCAGCUGAAGUUGCAGGGCCAGCUUGGAGAGCCAUUUCCCAGGAAGAACAAUGCUGAGGACACAACAGACAAACCCAACAAGAGCUUAUCGGAGCUAGAGAGCUCUGACGGCGAGCACUGGGUGAGGAGGCAGGAGAAAGGAAGCUAUCCCUGGACUAAAGUACCUCGUUCUGCUGUAGUGACCACCCCCAUACAGGGUAUGAUUCAGGGGCGGGCAGGGGAAUGGGAGGGGAUGGAGGGGCCCAGUCCAGAAGAGUUCCGCUGCUGUAGCAUUGCCAAGCUGAGGGCCAAGGCCAGGGAGCACGAGGCUGAGAUCCACAGCACUGUGGCCAGGUCGGGAGGAGGAGAGACAUCAGCACUGCAGACACAAACACAGAACACUGACGACAGAGAGAGCAACUGAUAUGGCUCUUUCUCUCUGCAUGGCUUUUGCAAACAGGUCCCUAAGACCUCAUCAUGGUUGAGGCAACUUGCCUAAAUACCCCAUCCUUGGUUUUAUUAAUUCUGUUAUUCAAUGAGGAUAUGAACUAACAUUUACAAAAGGUGCUGAUUUUUUGUUUAAUAUUAUAUGAAUGUAUUGUGUUUUGAAAUGGCAUUAUUUUUCUGUACUGGACAUCUUUUUCUAUCAACAAUCACGCUAAACGUGUAUUUUAAAUGUUCAGACUAGGAAGAG